AAAGACAAGCCAAGAUGGUUCUCACGCUGACAGCUCAGCCUUAAAGAGCCCCCUGAAACAAAUGCAUUUCAACCAAGGUUCCACCCUAAAUCCCUCUAAUGGUUCAGGGGACUCAGGGACCAGCAGAACCACGGCCAGCCAGGCCAGGGGAGCAGACACACGUUACGCCAAGAAGAACGUCCCUACUGUCAGAUAUCAUCCUGACAUCGCAGAGCAAAGAGCUGAGGCCCAUCAGCAUAGUCAUAGCCCUGUCAAGAGCAGUCAGGUUAGGGGUACGCCUGUGGUCUCUCCCCCCAGGACCAACCAGGUUCAAAUAAAAUCUAAUAAAAUCAGCAGAGCCAUGGCCAGCCAGGCCAGGGGAGCAGGAGAAAAGACCACAGAUACAUGUUACGCCAAGAAGAACAUCCCUACUGUCAGAUAUCAUCCUGACAUCGCAGAGAAGAGACCUGAGGCCCAUCAGCAUAGUCAUAGCCCUGUCAAGAGCAGUCAGGUUAGGGGUACGCCUGUGGUCUCUCCCCCCAGGACCAACCAGGUUCAAAUAAAAUCUAAUAAAAUCAGCAGAGCCAUGGCCAGCCAGGCCAGGGGAGCAGGAGAAAAGACCACAGAUACAUGUUACGCCAAGAAGAACAUCCCUACUGUCAGAUAUCAUCCUGACAUCGCAGAGAAGAGACCUGAGGCCCAUCAGCAUAGUCAUAGCCCUGUCAAGAGCUGCCAGGUCAGGGGUAAGCCUGUGGUCUCUCCCCCCAGGCCCAAAGCCCUGCCCCUGGGGUUAGGUCAGAAGGUAGAAGAUGGUGUUGUGGAGGCGGUGGAGCUCCAGACCCGGGGCCAGCGAGAGAACCCCAGCUGGUUUUCCUGGCGUCAGAACCGAAUCACAGCGUCGGUCGCUCACCGCCUCGCCCACAGCCGCUUCGUUACUGGCCAGAGCACAACCCCGCCGGCUUCCUACCUGGCCGCCAUCACAGGCCACGGCACCAACGUCAAGACCCGCGCCAUGACCUGGGGCAUCAUGCAGGAGGCCGAGGCCGUGCGGAGGUACCACCUAUGUAUUUACUGUAAUUGUCCUGCGAUUGUUUUUAAAUGUUGUAUUUGUAUUGUUUUUCUGUGGCUGUAAGGAUGACAAACUAAUUUCCCCUCUGGGAUUAAUAAAGUACAAUCUCAUCUAAUUUUAUCUCAGAUAUCAGAUCCUGAAGAGCAAGGCCCUGGGCUGGGCGGUGAGGGUGCAGGAGUGUGGCCUGUUCAUCGACCCCCAGCGCCCCUGGCUAGCAGGCAGUCCUGACGGCAUCGUAGAGGACCAAAGGACCGGCCAACGGCUGCUCUGCCUAGAGGUCAAGUGUCCCUAUAAGCACCGUCAGAACACUGUAGCCCAGGCCUGUAGAGAGGACCCAGCCUUCUGCGUGACGAUACAGGACCAGGGGGAGGAGGGGGGACAGGUUAGUUAGGACAUGUUUGUUGUGUCAUUGUACGCCCUGACUUUGGCUAUGCCAAGCUUUAUUUAUUUUUUGUUCGAACAUACUAUCAUAAUAAAGGCAUUUUAAUUAUAUGAUGAGUGCCUUGCCUUGGUCCCCUUGUUUUUUGAUGACCAGUUAACCCCUUAACCAAAGAGCACCUUCAAUCUACAAAGAUCUACCUUCUAGUGUAUUCUAGCAGCACUUCCCAAUUAUUUUUUCUUAUUUUCUCUACAGGUGAGGUACCAUCUGAAGCCAGACCACAGCUACUACACCCAGAUCCAGUGCCAGCUGGCGGUGACAGGGUUAACACAGGCUGACCUAGUGGUGUUCACCCUGAAGGAAACAGCCAUCGUCCCUGUGACCUUUGACCCUGCGUUCUGGGACGACACCCUGGCCAAGCUGGAGAUGUUCUACACCGACGCUGUCCUGCCCUACAUCAGAGACAACGGACUGGACGUACCAGCUAUGAGGCCGGAGGAG